AUUUUGUUACAAUAUAAUAACGGGAUGAAUGCAUGGAACAUAAAGCAUGAAGGUCCAUUUGUAUACAACAGUGCUCAUUUCGAAGUCAUUUCGUGUCCCGAUCGUGUAUCGGACCGAAUUGAUUACCAUAAUUUUAUAUGUAACAAUUUAUAUCCGUGGUCCGGACUGAUAUUUUUCCUGUUACCUGGUCUGACCACGGAGAUAUACAGAUACAACAGGGAAUUAUACUAUAAUACCCGGAUAUUCUCUGAUCAUAUAUAAAUAUUCGGACAAAGAACGACUAUAGCACGAUAGUAUAUAACUGAACAUAAAUGGAUCGUAUAUAAAUAAAUUUUAAUUUUAAUAAAUACAAAUAUUGUAUUAUGAAAUGAAUAAACAAAUAUUUCUUUAUAUGUAACAUAUUAUUCAAUACAACAACAUUCAAAAUAUGUAACAAAUCUAUACCAUGCUUUUCCGUUAAAUUAUCUAUCAAAACAAAAUAAUUAAAAUCUAGAAAUAUUUAUUAACGUAAACACGCAAAUAAAUAUAUAAUAAGUAAAUAAAUUAGUAAUUAAGUACGUUAACGUAGUUUCAUUUUAUAAAAAUGUAAAGAAGUGGAACGGUUGAGUCUUUUAAAUAAAAAAAAAAAUUUGCGGAGAUAGUAGAACGAAGAUGCUUCGAAAGUAGUUUGACAUACAUUACACAUUUCCACAGCCUUUUUUAAAUCAGUAUAUCUCAGUCGUAUAUCGGUCUGCAGCUUAUACGAAUUCUACACGUUUUUCAAGAAGUACUUUGAACAAUGAAUAAAAAAUCUAUUACAUUUUCAACCAUGGAAGGCAAUUUUGCUGAUAAAUUGGAUUAUAUGUUCGGAGUAAAAUCAAGCUUUUUCAAAGUAGAACCAGGAUACUGUUUAUUACCUCCUAAUUACGCGUUCUUUGCUAAAAAAAUAAGAGAUAUGAAAAUAUAUGAAGAUGACGUAUGGGUAGUUUCUUAUCCUCGAACUGGUAGUCAUUGGGUACAAGAAAUGGUAUGGUGUAUUGGAAAUAAUUUUGAUUAUGAAACCACGAAAACUCUUCUGGUAAAACGUAAUCCAUUGCUCGAAGCAUCAGUCCUUAUGGUCACAGGAAAUUAUGUAGAUUGGUUUUCAAAGUUAGGCGAUUCAGUAGAAAAUGUUGUAAAUGCAUCACGACCUCGAUAUAUUAAAUCACAUUUACCUUGGGAUUUAUUACCUACAGACAUUCACUUAAAAAAACCAAAAAUUAUAUAUAUUACCCGAAAUCCUAAAGAUACAUGUGUGAGCUUUUAUCAUUAUUGUAAAGUGUUUCAUAAUAUGAAAGGCAACUUCGAAGAUUUUGCGGAAUUAUUUGUAAAUGAGAAUGUUCCAAUCGGAUCCUUCUGGAAUCACGUACUUCCUUUUUGGAAUGCUAGAAAACAAAAUAAUAUUUUGUUUUUAACAUAUGAAGAUAUGAAGAAGGAUCAAGCUGAAAUAAUUAAAAAAACAGUAAAAUUUCUUGAUAAAACAAUAACAAAUGAACAACUUAUUGAACUUAGCGAACACUUGAAAUUCUCUAAGAUGAUGAAAAAUCCUGCUGUGAAUUUAGAACAUAUAUUAAAAGAAAAAAAUUUUGAUGAAAAUAAUCCUGAUGUAAAAUUUAUAAGAAAAGGUAAAAUUGGUGAUUGGAAAAAUUAUAUGUCAGAAGAUCUAAGUAAAAAAUUUGAUAAUUGGAUGCAGAAACAUUUAGAAAAUACUGAUUUAAAACUGGAUACAGAAAGUUCCAUAUGUGAAUAAUAAUGAAAAUUACCUUCUUAUUAUUUACUUUAUCUAAGCAAGGAUAAAGUUACAUAUAUCAAAAAAUUGCUACAUAUAACAGAAAAUAAUUUCUGUAUGUUAUAAUAUAUAUCGUC